GGGUGAGAGGGAGGGAGAUGAUGUUGUUGACAGUGCACGUGUAGUUACUGCUGUAGUUGUCUGCUGUCUUGACUCUCUGCCUCUCUCCACACACCUGCAACAUGGCCAUUCGCUGCCAGUUUGAAGGUUCCAAUGAAAUAGGAGUAUUUGCCAAGCUGACUAAUGCCUACUGUCUUACUGGCAUCGGAGCUUCGGCAAAUUUUUACAGCAUCUUUGAGGAGCAGUUGAGUGAUACAAUUCCUGUUGUGUUUACGUCCAUAGCUGGUUGUCGCAUUAUAGGAACAAUGGUUACAGGCAAUCGACAUGGUCUUCUGGUGCCCAGUACGACGACAGAUACAGAAUUGCAACUCCUGCGAGACCAUCUCCCAGAUAAAGUCAAAGUUCAGCGGAUAGAGGAACGAUUAUCUGCUCUUGGAAAUGUAGUUGUCUGUAAUGAUUAUGUUGCACUUGUUCAUCCAGAUAUAGAUAGGGAAACAGAGGAAACAAUCCACGAUGUCUUGCAAGUGGAAGUGUUUCGUCAUACAGUAGCAAACAAUGUUCUAGUGGGAUCCUAUGCUGUGCUUUCAAAUCAAGGAGGUAUUGUGCAUCCUGCUACUCCCACCCAAGAACAGGAUGAACUCUCAAUGCUGUUACAAGUUCCCCUUGUGGCUGGCACGGUAAACAGAGGAAGCAAUGCUUUAGCAGCAGGUUUGCUCGUGAAUGAUUGGGCAGCUUUCUGUGGUAUGGAUACAACAGCAACAGAGCUCAAUGUAAUUGAAAGUAUCUUCAAGAUCAAUGAUGCUCCACAGUCUGCUAUAUCUACAACCAUGAGAAAAGCACUUAUUGAUAGUAUGACAUAAUUGGGACAGGCAACACCAUUAACGUGAAACAAGAAAGGUACAGAAGUGGAUAAUUUUUAAUUUAAAAUCUUUUUAUUUUAAUGUUUCUCUGCACAGACUACUGUGCUGUGCAAAAGGUUGCAGAGAACAGGGGAUGGCUAUAUGUUAAUGAUGCAAAUCUGGAGAAUGUUGUACAGUUUUUUUUUUUUUUAAAUGUAAGGCCCAUGGCAUUUGUUGGUAUAUCAUCCUCUUGGCCUUUAAAAAAAUUCCUUGUCAGUAUCAUAAAUGCAUAGCACCUGAUAAAUUGUUUACAGUUGAAGGACAAGAGGUAUGGAAGGAGCUUUUGUCGUUGUUCCAAAUAGCUUUUGUUUCAUCUAAUCUUAAGGGAUUAUUAGAGAUAAAAACUAUACGUUGGUUCAGUGUGCUGUAUUCCCAGUUCAUUUUUAUUAUUUUACAUGAAAAUGUUUUGUUGUAUUUAAUUACAUACCAAAUAUAUGCCAUAUUCAAAUUGUGAAAAUGUUUCAGUACCUGAGGUGGGCAAUAUUCAGAGGGAUUAAGAGUACCAUAAUCCUAAAAUGAUUAUUGAAUUUUAUAUUUAUAUUCACGCAGUGUAUUACAAAGUCCCAUAUUAUAUUAAAGACGAAGUACCUUGAUGUUGAAAGGCUCCUGCUCCAGGUAACUGAUAUCUAGUCUUUGGAAUAUACACUGAGAAAAAUUAGUUUUAUUAUAUAUUAACAUUUUCUUUAUACCAAUUAAUAUUUUACACAGGAAAGCAAAACUAUACACAAUGGUAUAAAAAAAACUACAAUUCAGUCAUCUACCAAGGUGGGGAGACUCAAAAAAUAGAAACAUUCACCAUUUAUUCAAUUGUGAUCUUGUCAGAAGCAUGCAGAUAUCAGUUCAGAACCCCCCUCCAGAGUGCAGGUACUGUACGUCCUACUUCCAGGACCCAAGCCUGGCUAACUAGUUUCCCAGACUGUCCUGGUGGUGGGAAGUAAAGUGCCUACCUUCUGGAGGAGUGAGUGGUGAUUAGUUCUGAGGGCCAUAUGAAGUGAUGUAUGCAUGCUUUUAGCAAGUGUUUUUCUUCUUUUGGGUCCUUACUUCUGUGCUUUAUUUGGAAUGUCACUGAGAAGAGGGAGAGGCUCAGUUAAACAAGAUUAUGAAGAUAAUCCAAACAAAAUAAUACAAUAGUCAUGUCAUCAGACUGGCUUAUUUCCAAUGGGGUCCUGUAAUCCUCUCCCUAAGGCUGCAACUAACACCUAGGUAACAACUUAAUGCUAAGUGAAACAAGUAGGUAAAGGGAAAAGGUCCCAACUUUCACUCGUCUAGGAAUGGAACCCUGGUCCCUCUGAGCUGUGGUUACUAUUAUUACUAAAUUUAUGUAUUUGCAGUGUUAAAAUUAACACAAAAAUAAAAUAUGUACAAGCGGUUACUAAAAUAAGCUUUUGCAGUCAUGCGACUGAAGUCGGCUAGAUGAUAAACUAUUGCUUCAUAUUAUUACAUGAAUGCCCGUCAAGGAUAAAGGGCUCUUCAUACAAGGAAUUGGGGCCACUUCAAAUUAAACCUGACUGCCUUUAUUUCUCAGGCCUUGUAUUACCCCUACAGGUUUAGUGGUUUUCCCUUCAAUAUAUUUUGUGAAAUCCCACUGCACUGGAAAGGAUGAAGGCCUACAUAAACCUUGGCACACACCACUACCUACAUUACCCAGAGCUACAUCACACCACCACAAUUUUAAAUAUUUAGCCAAGUACCCACUAGUGUAAAUAUUUCCCCAUUCCUCUAUAACUGUGGCUUGAUACCAUAUAUUGCCCACCUUAAAGUAAACUUAUAAUAACUUGACACUGAUAUAAGUUACUGGAACACCCCUUUUUUUUUUUUUUUUUUUUUAACAAAAAAUAUUUAUAUAAAAUGUUCUCUACAUGUAUUAAGUAUUACAGAUUUAGCACUUAAAAUUUAUUAUAUUCAUGGGAAAACUGUAGGGAUCAUAGUGCCCUGAGAACGUUCAGUCAGGUUUGAUCUGUUGAAAAGGAAGGUAGCUCCACACCACUUGAAGUUAUAGAUGGAAAAAAAAAAAUGACAGGUUAUGAUAAUUUAGCAUAUUCCUACCAAAUGCUGAUUAUUUUCUCAUCUCAGUACCUUCAAA